AUGGAGUUAGAUGUUUCGCCAGUUGAAAGUAUGGAUUUGGAGUAUUCGGAAAAUUCGUCUGAUAAUAAGUAUUUGACUUGCAAUAAUAAUGAGCAAUAUAGUGUUAUUCGCAUUCCACAAGACAGUGAAAAGCCCAGUAAACAUUCCUCUAAAAAGCAGUCUAAACGAAGAAAGAAAAGUUCCAAUCACUCUAGACCUUUACCUAGAAUUAUAGUGAAACCUUUACCCCCACCUCCACCCACUGAAAAUCGAGAAUGGACAGCAGCAUCAUUUGUAGAAUCAAACUCUUCGAAUAAGCCAUCAACUAUGCGAGAAGUAUUGGCGAGUAUACCAGGUUUUAGCCUUAAACCUAGAAAAAGAAGUAGUAAAAAACUAUCAACAGCUGCUCAGUUACAGCAGACUAGAGAAGGGUUUAUAGAUUUAGAAACUCCAGACUCUAUACUUGUAAAUACCAACAUUAGAGCAUUAUUAAAUAAACACACAUUUUCUCUGCUACCCCCUCUGUAUCAAACUAAACUUGGACAAUUGCUUCCUAGUGUAGAUAGAAUAAGUUCUUCAGGUCGUUUAAGUUCAUCUAGUCUUAAUAAUGAAUUUUUUGCUCGUGCCUGCUUGGAAUGGCAAGAAAGUUUGUCUGGAGGCGAGUUUACUCCAGAAAAUCAACAAAAAAUUAAGACUGAAGCAGAAAGGGAAAAAACUAAAAUUGAUCCAUGGAAAAUAAAACAUUUUGAACCAUUUUGGGGUGAAAAGUUUAGGAAAGAAAAAUCUACAGUUAAUAUGAAUUCAGAGAGACCAUCUUUGAAAACCACAAUAAAACUAAGACCUACUGCUUCAAUCACCAGUAGUAGUACAGUACCUAAAGUAAAAAAAAGUAAAUCUAGCAAUAGUAAGAGAAUGCGUUCUGUUGGAGCUGUUACACGGUCAUCUGCUAAGGCAGAGGAAAAUGAAGAUGAAUGCAAUAUGCCUAUUAAUAAUAAACUUGUAGCUCCAGUACCUGACUUGCUGCCACUUAAAUCUACUAAAAGUCAUACUCAAAGUUAUGAGGAAUGCCAAAUUGAUUUUAAUUUCUCAGAUUCAUCAGUAGCAAGAACUGAGGAUACUGUUUCAACAACUCCAGUUGACCCACUCCUUAUACCUGAUAGUGAUAGUGUUUCUGAAAUGAAGCAAGAUUUAGAUAUGACUGUCGUAAAAAUAGAGGAAACAUCUAAGGACUUUGAAGAAGAAAAAUGUGGUGAUUCCAUUGUGUCCAACAGCAACAAAAGGUUAAGUAGUAAUGAUGAUGAAUAUCAAUUCUCUAAAAGGUUGAAAUUUGAAGAUGAUUUUAAAACAGCCCAAAAACAGAGUGAUAAUACUAAUACUUUUCCAAAUGAUUUUCUUAAAGGGGAUAACAGUUUUAGUAAUGAAUAUGCUAACUUAACAUUUUCAAAUAAAUUAAAGAUUAAUAUUAAAGUCACAGAUGCUCCUUUUCUUUCAAAUCCCUUGCCAAGUACAGAUAACACUGGUACGGAUACGGAUAUAGACAUUAAUGAGAAUGGUGAAGUAAUUUGUACUAGUGAUGACAAUGUUUAUGCUGAUCAAGAAACUGGGGACACCAAUAGUGAAGAUAGUAAAGCUACAAUAUCUGCUUAUGACUUUGAUGAACAAAGUGUAUCCUCUAUGUCUAGUAUAAAAAUUGAGGCUCACUUGGACACUAUAGUAAGUGAGCAAAACGAAGAAAAAGUCAAUUUUAAUACAGAUACAGAGCACGAGAAUAGUGAAAGGAUUGAAAAAGACAAUUUGAAGGAGUCUAGUGAAAAUAAUGAAGAUGUUUGUGUACCUGAAAUUAAUGAAACAACAACAACAGGGCAUGAUUAUAAUCCAUCUUUGGAUACAGACACUAAUUGUUCCUCAGAAGGAAAAGAUAUGGUGGAGAAGGAAUUAUAUAACAUAAAGCUAAUAAAAGAUAUUGAGAAUAAGAGUUCUAAAGAUGAACACCUAGAAAUAUCUUGUGUAAAUGUGGAUAGAACAGAUGGAAAAUCUCUAGAAAAAUGCAAAGAUGUGCAAGAUGCUCCAAACUAUUAUGAUGAACAUUUUAAGGAUGCAGAGUCAUUCAUAAUGGAGACUGGAGGGCUACCUAUUAUUGCUUCUCAAAAUGAAAAUGCCAAGUAUAGUCAGUCUAAUUUUAUGGAACUGACUUCUUAUAUGAAUGAAUCAAAUGUAACAGCAGUGGUAACAAUGCCAAUUACACAAACAACAUCUUUACCAAUGAUGGAAGUUACAAACACAUCUAUGGUAUCAUAUCCGGACGACUUACACGACCCGGCAAAACCUAAGAGUUCUGCUAUAAUAUGGAAGUCGGAAAAUGAGUGGGUGAAUAAUGAAAAUAUUAUAACACUGCAUAAUUUCUCUACUAUCAACAACGACAGUGCUAAGUAUGUGAGUGAGGAUUCUAAGACUAGCAUUGAAGAUGUUCAUAUAAAUGACGAGAAUUGUAUGUACAAAGAGGAAAGAGACGCAAAUUUCAACAUGGAAUCGUCAAACUCAUCAGAAAGCUGCCAGUCAAUGAAGGAGGUGGCUUUAAAGGAUAGUGAAUCGGCUCCUAGUGUAGUGUCGAGUACGACGGUGGCUAAUCAAUCCGUCAAUUCAACUACUGUCACUCAUUCCGUGAGAUCUGGCAAGAAAACGAAGUUAGGAAAAGAAUCUAACAGAAGCCGUAGUUCUAAUAAAGUUCCACCGGGUGCUGUGAAUCUAGAACGGAGUUACCAAAUCUGCCAAGCCGUGAUUCAGAAUAGCCCAAACCGAGAUGCUCUAAGGAGUCAGCUCAGGCCUCCACCGGCGCUCCUUACAAGGCCUAAUCGACAGCCUAGGCCUCCGCCCCCGGUUCUAGUGAGACAGGUCUCUAAUGCUGUCAUACAGCAUAAUGAGAUAAAUGAGAAUCGACCUAACAAUAUGGGCCAGUACAUUCUUGUUCAAAGGACACCAAACGUUGCACCUCGAGCAUCGAGCGCUCCUCCCACUAAUCAAAAUAGCAAUAUUAAUGUUACUCGAUGUAGAAGCGUAGGCGCAGAAGAUUCGUGUGUAUGCAACCUACGGGCUAUGAUCCUAUGUAAGAAGUGUGGUGCCUUCUGUCAUGACGACUGUAUUGGAUCGGCAGAGCUCUGCCUAACAUGUCUGAUACGUUGA